UUUGAAUGAAAACAAGUCUUUAAAAUAUCAAGCUAGGGUGAGGUUAAAAAAGAAAGAAGAAAAGGACUCACAGCUUACAAGACCAGAAAAUGCAGACAACAGUGCUGACCUGGUGUACAUUGAAGGCACUUCACAAACCUUGUUUCCUUAAGUUUUCAAGUGAUGUGCCCAAGGCAAAAGGUCUUUGUUGGCAUCAAAAGUAGAACCCAGAAGAACUUCUGAGGCAUCUGUCUCAUGGACACCAUCCAGAUGAAGAGUGCAUGCAUGGUUGGUCACAAUUAAGUGAGAGGAAGAAUGUUAAGAUCCUUCUGGAACUGGCAGCAUGAACUCUGAGGAUAGCUUAGAAGAUAUGUUGCCACUUUUCUCCUUCGCUCCUUUUCUCCUGAGUUGGCAGAAGGACUUGCAACUGUACUUGUUUUUAUAAGUCUGAACCUUUGCUACAGGUGCUUUACCCUAGUGAGUUCACUUAAGAAUGAAGGUUUGAAAAUGUCCCUGUCUUAAGAUGUAUUUAGAAGGAGUUGCACUGAGUUGUACACAGGUACCACAACGAAGUGCACUGUGAGGGAACUGCCCAGCUAAAACCAGGGGGGAUGGUGGCUUUCAGAGCCAGAAAAUAAGUAGUGAAGAAUUACUUCCAAAAAUCUGAGAAAGGGAAAAAGUAAAUAUUGAAUUGGAGGUGUGAGGGCAAGAUGACCAAUUGCCCAAGACUAAUGCAGAAUGUCUUUGAGAAACGGGGCCAUGUCUCCAUCAUUCUAUUCUGUACUAUGGUGAAAAGGUUUUUUUCCUUCACCAAGCUUUCUAACCAUUUCUUUUCCAACUAUUAAUGUAUGGCUGUGUUGUCUUAGGAAUUUAGGUAGUCUAUGGUAUACACAAGCAUGCCAAAGUAUAUGUUAAGCCAGUGUAUUUUGUUCUGAUGCACAAAAACCCUUGUUCCUUGUUGUGUUACACAGCAUCAAGCCUUGUGCACUGCAUUUUCCUUUGCUUUCAGUACUAUUACAGAUUUCACCUGGAUUUUUCCAGUAGAAAAUUUUGCUCUCAAAUAGUCUGGAAAAAAAAUUCAAUUUCUGUUCUAAAGGGAUGAGGGAGACCUCUGGUGUUGUAUAGUAAAACUGAAGAGGUAUACUUUUUUUGCCUUAGACUCAGAUUCACUUUAGUUGCUGUUAAUAAAAUUUCCUAAUCUCAUUACACUGGUCUUGCAGUAUUCAAGCCAAAAUAGUUACAUAAAAAGAAAUCCUAUUUAAGCUCAUCAUACUCCAUCACCAGCUUUAAAAAUUAGGAGUUAUAUGCAUAACAAGAGAAAGUUCCAUGCUGCUUUUUUUCUGGAACGUUUCUGAUACAUCAUUUUUCACUGAAAGAGUGAGUAGGAUCAUAUGCCCAUUCUGCAGCCAGGAAAAAUGUAUUUUGUGGAGACAGGCUUAUCAGAACCCAUAUGAAAUACAAAAGAUCUGAGAUUCCUCAGUAAAUAUUGUAUCAAAUGACAAGCUCAUCAACAAUACUUGAAAAUUAUUCCCUGAUCAUUAUCGUAUAUUAAUGCACUAAUAUUUAACUCAAUUAGGUGUUUUGCUCUGGUACCGUGGAUGUGAACUGAAUCUCGUGGAGGACUACAGUCACAUAAAUCUCAUAAGAAAAUUAAAUUUCCAUAAUCUUGUCUGCAGUGUUCCAACUGCAGCUUAUGCCUGAAUGAAAAAUGCCCAAAAAAGUAGCUAGUACCAUGUGCCAAUGUCUUUAUUUAUCAGAAAAUUUCUGGAUAUUCACAUUAGAGGUCUAUUCAAGAUCUUAGUGAAGGAAUGUUAAGAAACACCGAGCCAUGCACUUCUCUACAGCUCUCAGAUGAGAGUUGGAGGUUUGAUUUUUGUGGUGUUCCAGGCAUCCAAGCAUUGUGUCUUUUCCAUUAUUUUAAAUAACAGUCUUCUGCUAGAACCCCCAUAUUGCUAAAGAAAAUAUAUCUGGGAAGAAAUAGAGGCAAACUUGCAUGAAAAGAAUGAGUGUUUUCCAAUGAAUUAACAUAAGCUUCAUUAUCACUGAGAAAAAGAUGGAAGAAAUCUGGAAUUAUUGUGGUUUCCACACAAAUCAUGCCACCCAGACAAGAUAUAAGAGGGCACAAUAACGCAGGAUAUGGCUUGGGUUGAAAUCAAAAUUAUGCUCAUUGAUUAUUGAGAGGAAAACCAAGUGGCAUUUGCAGACUCAUUUUGAAGUUGCUGCUUUUACCAUCUGCGUGUAACUAUAAAGCUGCAGCUCAGUCCUGAUCUGCUGAGGUUUUUUUUCAGCUGGCAUUUGAUGCAAAGCACUGUGGGAAGACAAAAAUGACUCUGUUGUCUUGGUUUCUGUUCUGUUGCUGCUUUGGCUACAGCCUCAAUUAUGUUUUUUGUCAAGGAAAUCAAAUCGGAUUAUUCACUAAGAAUAUGCAUGGCACAUGUGAAACAUGAUCUGCAGUGUAUCAGACAUUAAGGGUAUCUGCUUUGCACCAGAAAUUGUCCUAGCACCCAAAUUCAAUCUGAUACUGAAGAUAGAUUUUGAGAAGAGAAUCUGAAUUUUAUAAUUAAAUUACUGACUGAAGACAAUUUUUUUUCCAAACAACUAUUCUACCUUUUCUAAAGAGCUAUUCCAAUAUAGAAACAUUUAUCUCCAUAGCCUGCACAGUGCUGGGCAUAGAACUGUCAGUCUCUUUCCCUUUGUUAAUGGACAACGUGUCGAUUAGACUCUGCCUUGCUAGUGUUCUGUGCUCCAACAUUGUGCAUACUUACUACUGAGAUAUUCUUCCUCAAGGAGAUGUGAGGGUAAAAUCUAACAAGCGUGAUAUUUACUAGAAAAUGUUGGAAUGAGAAAAGUAUAUAGAAUAGUAGCAAUUAUGAUGAAAUAAUUGGUCUAUUGAAUGUUAAUAGAAAAUAGCAAAGAAAAGUUGUGUGCUUGUGUGCCUUCAUAUCAGGAACGGUGUAUUUAUAAUAUGGUUUUUAUUUCUUCCCCCUUUUCUCAUUAAGAACAGAGACCUACACCAGCAAGAUGUUCAAAACCAGAAAAGGGGAGCAAUCUCAGAUCAACAGAGAAGCAGAGCUGCUCAAACUUCAGUUGUGCUGCUGCAUGCCAUGGAGUAUGAAACACCCGGAUACAGCUGUGAUGGGCCUAAACAGACAGAAAGGCCACAAGAAGAACUGUUGCUUGUUUCGGAGCACAAUUCCAACAUCCUUGCAGAUGCUGCUGAAGAACUCAGUUUAGCUCAGAUCAAACUGGUCACCCUAGGAACAAAAAGUACAGGUGCUUCAGAAGACAGUUUCACUUUGUUUAGAUGUACCCCAAGCUAUUCUACCACAAGCCUGCUUCCACCUUGCUCUGAAAAAGUAACUAAUGGUGAAACAAGCAAAGGAAACAAAGAUGAAGAAUACUUUUCUUUCGUGAAAGAACAAGCUAUACUUCUACCAGCAAAAAUGUUCCCUGUUUCUGUGGUUGAAGAUUUGAUGAGAAGCAAACCCAACAUUAUCUUGUUAAAUCCAGAAAGCUACAGGGUAGAGGAUGUCACAACAGUGAAGAAAGUGAGGAGUUUGGAUUUCAGUGGGGCAAAUACCAGUCUUUGCUUGGAUGAUCUGUGUGUUGUUACAGAAGAAGGUUUUUCUGAUAAAGCUCCUACAGCUCUUUGUGGAAAUAUUCCAUGCUCUGUGACCGAAAAUUUUGCAUCCUCUCUUCAAAAAUACAGAGUGGAAAAACAUCAGCAAAAGGAAUUAAUUCUAUCAAAAAGCGUAAGUAAGAAUAAAAGUUCAGAUAAAAGUGUUCGUGAUAGAAAAUAUCACCAAAAAAUCUUUAGAUCGAGAAUUAAAGGAGAAGAAAUACAGACUGAGAAAUCCCAAGUACAACAGGUAACCUCUGUUUUUGGGGAAAAUUCUAAUGUUUUAAAUAAGAGAGGUUUGACAAAGCCUGAGAAUCAAGGAAUUGAAGUCAAAGGCAAACGAGGUACUCCACAAGGUGUCCACAAAAUAUCUGUUGAUGUGAAAGACUUUCAGUUGCAUUUCAGAGAGAGUCCUGAACAAGUGGAGAAACAAGGAAGACUCUCAGAAAUCUGCAUAUCUGAUGUGAUGAGGGUGUGCAAAGAUGGAGACACGAUAAAAAUGGGAGAGGAAGAGAAGAAAUCUCAGAAAGCAACUCACCAAACAAACCCUUCAAGAAAUAUUGGACUGAAAGAAAAAAAAGUCCAGUCCCUGAAACUACAUGAAUCAAAUGAGAAGUAUUUCUCACGUCAGGAAAUUGCUGCUGAAGACAUGCGGUGUACAUACUCUCAGAAAUGCUCUUGGUCAGAGGAAGAGGGUUAUCCACUAAACAUAUUGUCUCCUAUGCAGAAGAGGUCCAUGUGCUUAAGCAAACACUUCGUGCCAGAGAACAAUUUUUCUGAGUAUUUCUUCCACCUGUCACCACCAGCAGCGGUUCAUGAGCGUAAUAUGAAAACAUAUGAAUUGGAAAAAUUAGUGGCAAUGUGUUCACAGAGGAUAUUUCUACUGAUGCAAGAGAAUGAAAACUACUUUAAAAAGGUCUGUGUAUUACAAGAGGAGAAUGAGAGAUGUGUUCAGAAGAUGUGUGCACUGGAAGAGGGCAUGAAUGCAUAUUUUCAGUACACUUUAGAAGUUGAUGAUGAUAAUAAUGUUUCUUUUCAAAAUUUACUCAAUGAGAAUGAAAUUGUUGGUAAAUGUUAUAAUGUGUCAGAAGGAAAUACCAAGAGUCCAGGAACAGUUUUUGCUAAAACCAUCUCUAAGAAUCUCUCUUACGUUGAUGAGAAAAAUAGGAAUUUGGGGAAAGACUCAUUAACAAUUGAAUUAAAUAAACUUCCCAAGAGUGUUUUACCUCUAGAUGGAAAGAAAGUUGGAUAUUUUCAGCUACUUUCUGACCUGAAAGAAGAAAGAAGAAAAUGCUUCAAAGAAAUAGCUAAAUUAUUACAAGACAAAGAAAACUAUAUAGCAAAAUAUAAUGAAUUAAUGCAAGAGAGAGAGGGAAACUUAAAAAGAAUAUCUCUUUUAGAAGGUGAAAAAGAAAAUUUAUUGGGAAGUUUGGCAGAAAUAAAAUGUGAACAGGAUAAAUACCGGGCCUUGGUCUCAGAACUUCAGGAGUGCAAAACUAGCUGUUAUCAGACUAUUUCUGACUUACAGGAGGAAAAAUGUGUCCUGAAAAGAGCUAUAGACCAAAUUAAAAAAGAAAAUGCAGAACAACUUGGUGAGUUUCAGAAAGCAAAUGCUGACUUCAUUUUAGAAAAUAACAAAUUGAAAGAAUUGAUGUAUUCUUUGGGUUUCUCCUAUGAAGAUCUGAGGAGAGAAAAAAGUUUGGGAACAAAGGAAAAGAUAGUAAAAAUAAAAGAAGAAAAUAAAACUCAACAUUAUGGUGCUAGGCCAAGGAAAGUUGAAACAGCAUGUGGUGUAACUCAGACUGAAGAAGAUGGAAGAGACCCGUCCAGCUAUUUUUACAGCAAAGAGGGCAGGAGAUCUGAAAGCUACAGUGAGAUGAAAGAGCAAGUGGAAAGGUCAAAAGAGGAAUUAAAAGCACAGCAAAAAGAAUUAGAAAAAUCAAAAAAAGAGGCUCAGAAAUGGUACAGGGAACUUGGCUUUGCUGAAACCAGAUAUGAAGAAAUCAAGACUUAUUUAACACAUGUUCUCUCAGAAUUAGACUGUCUUAAACAAGAAGCUGAAGACAAAACUCUUGGAAAGCAGCACUGCAAAUUAAUGCCGAUGUACACCAUGAAAGAUGCCCAGGAAAUGGAGGAAAAUAAAAUAUCCAAUAAGAGAUUACAGCAGCAAAUACUGACCUUGAAAGCCCAGCUCAGGGACCAGACUGCAUUACAAAAUCAGUUUCACAACUUGGAAAAUAAAGUGAAACUUCUUCAGGCUCAGCUGUGUGAAAAGACAAAAGAACUCCAGAAGAGAAAGUCUGAAGCAAUGUUGACACUAGCUCCUCUAAAGGCUAAGUUGGCUUGCCUGACCAGAAAAUGCCAGGAAAGGAACAGCUUCAUUAUCAGGAUGCAUGGCGAGUUUCACCGUAGAGGAUUUAACAACUCCAUGUUUGAUGAAGAGGUGAGGAGCUUGGUGAACGACGUUGCCCUUGCAGAGUACACAGAUACUUUUACAACAACAUGUAAUCAAGAGAUGCUGCCUUCUUCCGCAGACAUUUUAGAGGCCAGUGGGCAGUCAGAGAAUCAUGAGGCUUCAGUCAAAGUGAGCAGAAUGUCGCGGUCAAUACCUGCAACCUUUCUGCAAGAGGCAGAUGACAUCCACAGCUCUCACAUCACUCCAAAUAUAUACACCAGUUCUCCUGUAAAAUUAACGAGUCCAGAGAGGAUCAUAGCCUUGCAUCGGGAACUAAGACAAAACCAUCAGAGAAACUGCCAGAUGCCUUCAUUUGUCUCCUCCAAUACAAACUCAAAGGCUGACCCCAACCUGUCCAUGACUCAUGAGGAAACACCUUGGCCUCCACUCCCAAAGAUGAAGGACACGCUGGAGCUUUCGAAGCGUGACUGGUCCAUGCAGGGGAGGGACUGCUUGUCCAAAUGGGAUGAUGUAUUUGGGGGUCAAAUAGGAAAUCAGCAUGCAAGUGCUAUUCCCCAGGGAAUUAAAGAGAAAGAUGUCAUUACAAAUAAUGCAUGGCUCUCUAGAGAAAAAACAGAUGGCUCAACCUCAGCUACCACAGCAAAAAGCUCUUUGUCAGACAUGUUGUCAGCAAGUAAUAAAGGUCGAAAUCCUGUGGGAAGAAAUCAGCUGCAUGGGAAAGAAUAAAAACCUCAGAAAUAAAACAAGGCUAGAGAAAAUACUCAUUGGGCCAAUUCCUGAGCACAGACAAAACCUCUGGAGGGAGUAAACUUUUGGUUACAAAGACACAAUUACUGCUCUGAAGGAAUGAUGAAAGGUGUUUUGACGUGGAGGUUACCACAACUGCUUCAUUACGGGAAAAAAUUGAGAAGCUGCAUUGAUUUACCAUCUACUGUGUUUUAGCCACAUCCUGUAGUGGAACUUGACCAUGAGAGCCAGUCUGAUAUGUGGUUUGUUUUUUUGUUGUUUUGUUUUCUUAAGAUCUCGAAAGUCCCAUUUUAAGAAAUUAUCAUACUAAGCACAUACCUCAGUCUUCAUAGAUCUGCUGAUGUGGGCAUGUAAUGCCUGCAGCCUCUUAUGGUGUUGAGCAUUCCAGAAAAAGGCUUUGGUUUAAGUUAGGAUGUUCAGUAUUUCUGAGGACAUGUUAGAUGAAGGUACAAAUUGUCCAGGAAAUGAGAUAGAACUACAUUUUUACAAUGUAUGAAUUGAGGAUGCACUUCAUGGACACAAGAGAAGCAUCUGGAACUUCAAAGCACUAUGUCCUAAUGCUCUAGAUUGAUUGGUAUUCAAACACAUGAAUAGGCCACAUUGAAUUUAACUUUCAGAUAAGGUAUUCACAUAUAUGCAUUCUUUUUCUGAAGUAGGUGUUUCUGCACCCAUUGGUUGAUAAUAUUACACGUUAUGCAAAAAUAUUUUGCAACUACAGUAUAUUUUAUGCACUCAUAUCUCCUGCUAUUCAUAACUAAGUAUCUAUUUGUGAAGGCAGGCAGACAUGAACACUGGCACAGGACUUGUGCUUAAGUGGUCAUAAGUGGUCAUAUAGAUAUGUACAUUCCUUCUUUAACUACAAGCUUGCACAGCACUGCUGAAGUAUGUGGCAACUCAUGUUGUCCGAGUGGAAACAGCCAUAGAUACUGAUCUCCCAAACCGUCCCUGUCACCGUAAUGGACUUUCAGUAUUGACAGCUGUUUUUUGUGUUUCUUUUUUUUUUUUUUCUUCUUGAGUUUGCUGCUGGAAUGUGCUGAUAUUUACAAAGCUCAGUCUCCCAGUAAUAACAGAUAUUCUUUGAAAGGAGGCAGAAGGAUAAAAAAAACAGUGGAAUCCAAAAUCAGAUUAAUGUAAUGUGUAUUUCCAUCUUAUGACUAGUAACAAGAUGGCACGUUGGCAUGUUAACACUUGAAGUUUAACUACAAGUUUUUAAAAUGAAGCAAUGAUGUAUGCGUAGGUUUCUCUCCCUUUGCAUACUAUCCACCAGAAAACGUGCAUCAUUUUCACAGCACUCAGGCAAUUAAAACCUACUACUUGCUAUUGAAUUAAUUGUUGAACUAAAACAUCAUGCUUCUUUCCUAGCAUUUAUGCAUAAUCUCCCACCAUGAAUUAUAAAUGUUGAUAAUGAACCUGUCCAUUUUGUAUCAUCUUAGGCUUUCUAUUAUUAGAUUUCAUUUCAAAAUGAUUAGCAUAAGAUAUAUAAAGCACGCUUCAUUCUUUGUGGUUUGUACCAUGAUUCUCUUUCAAUUCUGCCACAGCCUAGUAUGAAAACCAUCAGACCAAUAUUGGAAGACCGUGUUUAUUAAUUGAAUUGGUAGACCAUGUGGCUGAGGAUCAGGAACUAAAAUUCCAGUCUUACCUUAAAUCGCUAACAGAAAAUUUUUAAAUGUGAGAUUAUCAACUGAAACAGAGAUCCUGGCUAUUAUUUUUUUGAUACCUUAUGGUGAAAAGUGUUGUCUGACUGCUACAGAGUCUGUUCAGUUUUCUUUUGCUAAGCAGAAGUUAACUUGUUAGAUGUGCUGUCUAUGGCAAACAGGCUGGGCACUGCUUUACGUACAUCAUUGUUUUGUGUUAAACUUCCUCAGAAUGCAAAAUGAGGUACUUUGUUCUGAUUGCUUUAUAUGCACAAUAUCGCUUUGACCAAAUUCCUCAGUCAGAAUUGAGGUGCUGCUAAAUUCUAAGUAAAAAUAACCUUCUUUUGUCGCCCUAAAUAGACAAAGUGGGCUGCGUUACAUGAUGAUUUCUUUGACAGUUCACUUAUUUCCAUAUACUAUAAUGUAUAGAGCACCACAAGAUACUGAAAAUAUAGCUUAAUGUAUUUCCAAAGCUGCUUGUGCAAUCUUUAAAGCCUGAAUUCUAUUCUUCGUACUACUAUGGAUGGCAUAUGCUUGGAAGUACCAUGAUUGACUCCUGCACAAUAAUCACAUUACAUUCAGAAUAACGCAAUUGCUGGGAAAUAUUUCACAUACACCGGAGGGUUCUCAAGUUAAACCUCCAUACUAAGGUAUGGAUCAUGUUUAACCUUCUGGGCUUUUAAAAAGUGUAAACCUUGACCUGUAUUUCUAACUUGCAGAGGAAGGAUUUUAGUAUUUCGAUUUUCUAUGGUUGUGGGUGGAGGGAGGGAGAUGUACAUGCUGGGUUUUGCUACUAAUCCUUUGGAAAUCCUUUAGUGCCUUAAGGAGGCAGAGGGGAAACAGACCUUAGGAUUACGGAAAUUUGUUCAAACCUCUUUCCUGCUUCAGCAGAGUUCCUUUAAAAUGUAUUGUGCCUUUGGCUCCAAACAUAUUUGCAUUAGAAAUCAGUAGCAAUAGGAUUAUGGAAAGGAAUUUUUGUCCCCACAAAAUUGUUAGAAAAGAAAGUAUACUGUUUAUUAUGUAGGGUGUGAAUUAAAAAUAUAGCUGACUUAAGUUUUAUCACUGUCUUCCAUGCCUAAACCAUUAUUUGCUAACGAGGAUAAUUGCAAGUUGGAGAUAGAAUUAGAAAAGAAGAGUAAGUUUAAAUGUACUGGAUGAGAUACUUGUACCACAAAUCUCCAUUGGUCUCCCUGGGACCAAGAUUUCAUGCAAUCUACUUGGCUUAAGAAAUGCUCAAAUCUGAUAGGUAUACAGCAAUAUUAUACAGCUCUGUUUAACAUUUUCUAAAUACGGAGGGGGGGGAAGAGAGAUGAGUAGUUGUGAAGACUUUCUUUGAUUUGGAGUCAUUGGGAUCAGUGGUAUAAAUCUCUGUUCGAUGUUAUUUUUGUCUGUAAGAGACUCUUGUUAUUGGAAUAUGAAUAUGCAAAUAUAAAUUCCAACGUGAGAGGGUACUGUGCAGUGUGAACUAAUGGAUGCUGAAUAUCUGCAUUUCUCUGCUCUCAGAAUAGUGGUUGUGUCUUUUUUUAAAUGAGGGAAAAAGUAGUUCACUGGUUAAAACCACUCCUGUGCAAAAAGUCUUUGAGAGGUCGUUCAUUUUCUCACUGGUGUUCCUAAGCAGAUCUUAGGAGAAGUUAAUCAGCAUUUGGCUUGGAGAUGGGGAGGGAAUUUUAUCUUCUAGGAAUUAAAAAAUAGUUUGUUGGCACAGAGCUACCAAAAGAAAAAAAGUAAAAAAGAAAAAAAAAGCUGAUAUGAAACUCAGAGGAGUGGUUGUCUAUUUCUCUCCUUGUGAUGACAAACAAGUUUUAAAAAAUAUGUGAAUAGAAAAUAUUAUUACACAGCUCACAGUAUAUAAGACAAGAUGCAGCAUGGAACAGAUUUUUAUGGCUUGUUUAUAGAUUAGGUUUCUGUCUUUUGUUUGGAAUUUGGAGAGAGAAAACAUGUAAAUUAAAUAAGGAGUAAAAACUCUACUCACACUGACUGAAACAAAGAUAUUUCCCCACCUCCUGGGCAUUAAUGAGAAAUCUGGGAUAAAUAAUGUAUGCAGAUGUAUUUUGAGCUCUACUGCUGUGCAGCUAUUCAGCUCUUCUGCACAGCCACUGGUGUUGUAGUUAACAUGAAUCAUUGGGGAUGCAAGUUGGGGUCCAUUUCAAGAGGUGCCAAAGAAUUCACAAAAAGGCUGGGGUUUAUGGUUUGAUACUUAUUAAACAGAUGUACCAGAUAGAUGUUUUUGGAGGGAAAGGGUUGUAAAUAAAUGCAAAAAUUUUAAACUCUUACCCAUGAUUACCCUGUAAUUGGGUGUCAAAGUGGAGAAGCUAACCAAGAAGUUUCAGUAACAAGACAGAGACCACUCUUGAUUUUUAUUUGAUCAUGGAUAACUUUUCAAUAAAGAUUUCCACUUUAAGGCAUUUAUCAUGGAUGUGAAUUGUACAUAUGUAUUAAUUUUCAAUGUAACUAGGGUGAAUACAGAAUUGUAAUGAAGUCACAAAGUCUACUUGAUGAUUAUCACAGAUUUGUAACUCUCACAAAUUAUGUAAGAU